AUGAAGUCCUACGCCGUCCUCCUGUCCUUCGCCGCCCUGGCCCUCGCCCAGGGGGCGAACCCGGUUCCCCGCCCUCCCCGCCCGUCCCCCCCGGCGGCCGGAGACACCCCCGCCUGCGCCGAAGCCAAGAUCCUCGCUGCCGGCAUCGCGCUCAACAUCCAGAUCCAGCAACAGGAGGUCAACGGCCUCAACGCCGUCAUGCAGGCCCUGCAGGCGAACCCCCCCAACCCCCAGCAGUUCCAGACCGCCAAGUCGAACCUCCUGUCUUUUGUCAGCGACGGAAUCCAGGUCCGCCAGGCGAACCAGCUCAUCGCCCCGUCCGGAAACGGUGCUACCCAGGGGCUGGCUGUGGUUGCCAACGCUCAGCUGAGCGAGCUCCAGAAGGUCGCCGGCCUCACCGGAAACCCCCAGCAGGACACGCCGGUCACCCAGUCACUCAUGAUGGACUUCACCGGCGGUAUCAAGAAGAACAUGGAGAACCAACAAGCUGUAAGCGAGAGCCCCUCUCGAAAUUCGUGA